CGCGCUCCCGCGGUCGCCUUGACGACGGCGGGCGCGAAGGCCGCGCCGGGAGCAGCGGCGAGCGGACGCCAUGAGGGUGCGGUGCCUGUGUCAGAUCUGUACCUGCGGGAGGCAUCGUUGUCCACAAGGAGCCACAAGGAGCUAUGACAGUGCUGGCGCAUUUCACCCCACAACCGAGUAUCUGGAAAAGUACCCUACACAUGGCAAUGUUCUUCCUCCUCCAAGUCUUAAACCCAAGCAACAAUUUCAAGCAUACCGUGCUAAAAUGGAAGGAGUAACUACAUUUAAGUCAGACUACCGCCCUUAUGAAGUGAUCCAGCCACCUCGCCACAUCCGAGAAGAAUAUAAGCCAAAGCAGGGGAAGAUUGAUUUUGGUACUACCUACAAACGAGAUUUUAAUUCUUACACAGUGCAGCCUGUGGUAAUAGUCCGGCCUUUGGAAAGAAAACAACUUAAAAAGGGAAAGUUGGAUACUGUCCCAACCUAUAAAGAUGACUAUAGACCUUGGAACCUUCAGAAACGUGAACUCUGCAAGCAGGAGCACACCUACCAUCCCCCGACAGUGAGGUUUGGGAACGCAACCACGUUCCAGGAUGACUUCGUGCCCCAUCAGCUGGCGGUCAGGUCGGCCAGGAGGAAGGGGCCGCCCGGGUCCCCGGAGGAGGCUCGCCGUGGCUGCAGGCCCGUGGGGGCAGCACGGCGGGGCCCCAGCCCCUUCCAGGGCUCCACCGUCUACUCGGUGGACUUCACCCCAAAGCAACGCAAAGUCUGCCCCGCCAGCGGCCCUUUUCCCAGUGGCUACAAGUUUGAAACCACAAACUCCCAAGGUCACCGGCUCUUCCGCAAGGUCACCGGGUAGGGAAGUCAGGGGUCCACUUAGAGAGGCCCAGGGGCCCAGUUUUUAUAGUGUAGAAGAUACUAUGAGAGACACAACAAACCACUUUGAGAUGUUUAAACCAAUUGGGAAAUGUACUAUAGGAAAUCAGAAUCCUAAAAAUCCACAUGAACUCCUGUCUCAGCCAAGAUUGCCCCCCCCAGAAUUCCUGCUGGGGGGUGAGCGCAGUCCAUGGCUGCUGCUCACGGCCCACAGCCACUGCUGCCGCAGGGUGGUCACUGGUCCCAGGAGGACAGCUGCCUGCCCUUCCCACUGACCCACACAGCCACUCACACAAGACAACACCGAGCGGCACUGAAAGAGGAUUCCUCUUCCAAGAAAACAGGACUCCCUCUCCUCUAGCUUCAAGGCUGGCCCAGCGCCCACCAAGCCAAGGUUGUCACUGUCAGUGCACACACUGCUCCUCAAGUUAGACAGGCUUUGUGGUGUGGCAGGGCUCGGCUCUCGAGAGCCGGGGGUCAGGACUCGAGCUCACGUUCUCAUCCAUUACUUUGAGUCUGUGCCGCCUGAGUCCCGUGGUCCUGUCUCUGAGCUGUGCCUCACUUGUAAAAGCAGAUUAUCCUCGGCCCACCUCACAGACUCAGUUCGAUGUCUUAAUCCAUCAAGUGAAAGUGCAGAUGAAAGGACUGCGUUUGCCGUUUCAACCUGACCCCGUCGGCAGUUUGCUCUGAGCUUAUGAGUAGUCUGGAUGUGUGAGGGAAGCCUGGCCUCCCGCACUUCACAAACACCCCGCAUGGCCGCAGAGAAGGCGGAGCUGGGACGGUGGGAGCGCGGCGGUGCGGGUGGAGUGUUCACUGCAGUCACUGCGGCGGGCACCCCGGGGCCGCCCUGCAUGUCUACCCACAGCCCCGGGGCCCCAGGAUGGGCCCUGCCACCCCCACCACCUCUGCAGGAAGCCCUCCAGGGAGGAAGGUAGCAAUGCUGAAAAGUUCCUAGUAAAGAAAACUGUCAUCGGGUGUUUGUUUUAAAUCGGUGAUUGCACAAAGUGAAUCUUAGCCUUUUAUGAUUUCAGAAUUAUUUCAAAAUACACUUAAGAAUAAAUUUAUACUUGCUUAAAUAUUUCUAAUUAUUUGAAAGUAAUUUGCUCUUUCAUUAGUGAAAAGCACAAAUAUGAAAUUUUAUAUUUCCGUGUGGCGAUAAGUGAAUGGACUGUAAUGAAAUCAUUUCUGUAUCGAGUUUUCUUCAGAAAAAAAAGCACGUGAAUAAAUUCCUAUGUUGGUUAAAGCUAUACUUCAGUAGGUAGUCUCUGAAUAGAAAGCCUUACGGUGUAAUCACACGGACAGCUGGGUAACAUCACCGCUCUCUCGCCAGGCCCGCCUUCCAUAACACAGUGGGGCACCCUAACCACGACAUGCCCUGGGGUUUCCUGGAGCACCGUGCCACAGCUGAAGACACAAG